AUGAAUUUCUAUCAAAACGCGUCUUGCACGCUUAUAACACCAGUAUCUUCUCUUAACUUAUCUUUUCUUUCUUUCUUUCUUUCUUUCUUUCUUUCAUUUUUUUCUUUCUUUCGUUCUUUCUUUCUUUCUUUCUUUUUUCUUUCUUUCUCUCUCUCUCUCUAUCUAUCUAUCUUUCUUUCUUUCAUUCAUUCUUUUUUGAUACUAUCAUUCAUUAUUUUUCCUUCCUUCCUUCCUUCCUUCCUUCAUUCUUUCUUUCUUUCUGUUAUGACUUUCUUUCAUUCAUUUUUCAUUUAUUCAUUCUUUUUCAUUCUUCCUUUCAUUCAUUCAUUCUUAAAUUCAUUCAUUCUUUCUUUUUCUUUCAUUCAUUCAUUCCUUCUCCCCCCCCGCCUUUUCAGACCACAGUACAUCUUUUGGACUUCAUUUUCUCUGUUAUUAUUUCUCUUAAUCCAUUUAAUCUUUUAUCAUAACACACUUUUUAUUAUCUAUCUAUCUAUCUAUCUAUCUAUCUAUCUAUCUAUCUCAUUCUAUUCUUAUCUAUAUAUCUGUUUACAAUGUUUAUAUCUAUCUAUCUAUCUAUCUAUCUAUCUAUCUAUCUAUCUAUCUAUCUAUCUAUCUGUUUACAAUAUGUUUAUAUCUAUCUAUCUAUCUAUCUAUCUGUUUACAAUAUGUUUAUAUCUAUCUAUCUAUCUAUCUAUCUAUCUAUCUGUUUACAAUAUGUUUAUAUCUAUCUAUCUAUCUAUCUAUCUAUCUAUCUCAUCCUAUUCCUAUCUAUAUAUCUGUUUACAAUAUGUUCAUAUCUAUCUAUCUAUCUAUCUAUCUAUCUAUCUAUCUAUCUAUCUAUCUAUCUAUCCUUUUGUUACUCCGUGCUUCUACCAUUCUCACUCUUCCUGUUACCUCUUAUGCCGACACCGACCUUUUACUUUUCGCCCACUCCACUUGCAUUGA